AUGGCCGGAAGUCGGCCUUCGCCCUCGCUUCGCCCUUGCCAGGCGCAGCCUUGUCAGCCGCCCCCGCUGGUACGGCCUCAAGCCGCCGCGGACUCCGUCUCCGCCUCUGCGGUCCGGCGUCUCAGAGCCGCCCCGGUCUCGUGCAGUCUCUACCGUGAGCCGCCGUCGCAACCUGCUUCUACUGAGCCCGGCCUCACCUCUGUCUUGAGCUGCCCGCUUCGAGCAGCCCAGCCUCCUCUUCUUCGCCAAGGAGCCAUCUCGCCGCUACCUGAGCCACGACCUCGCCCCGCGGCCGGCCUCCAGCUGUGUUCGCACCUCUGCGUGCCGCCUCCACGCACCUGUGAUGCCCGGCGCUUCGCGCCUCCGCUGUCGUCUCAUCCCUACGCUACCACGGCCUUAGCCGGCGCCACGGCCGAGCUGGACCGCGACGCGGCUUCCGUUGUCGCCGCCGGCGACGACAAGAGUGCGGGGGGAGGCAAUGAAGACGAGGCGGCCGGCGCAGAGGCUCUCCGAGAGGUGACGGGCGCGGCAAGAUCCUCAACAACGGCCAGCUCAAGCUCGUCCACGGCAGCGAGUCGGCGCGUCCACGGUCGUCGGGAGCUGGUGGUGGGCACAAUGGGCAGUGGAAGUCCGGUGCGCUCAAAGUGUUUGACGAAUGUCAAGCCCAACCUGAUGGCUGUUAAGUUUUGUUGUUAACAACGCCGAGUAAAAAUUGCAUCUCGAUAA